AUUCAUGCAGGAAACUGAACAGUACAGAUUAGAUUUCAUAAUUUGAAAUCUUGGAAGUUGUGAAACAGCAUCUGGGGAGUAUAGUGAUAAGAAACGUAAAGUGACCUCAGUAAAUUUAAAGAGAAAGGGGGAAAAAUAUAUUAGUAUUAUUAUUAAUAUUAUUAUUAUUUUGUUAAUUGGCCUCAUUGCAUGUAAAGAGAAAGCGAAUAUUGUAAUUAUAAUUGUUAUUAUUAUUAAUUUUAUUACAUAUUAUACAAUUAUUUACAUCUCCGUGAUUACGGGAAAAUCGACUUUCAAUCAACCGGUUUAAAAUUUACGACUCGCUCGAGAACCGUUAGGACCGAUUCAGUCAGACCAAUUAACCGAUUCACUGACAAGAUCCGAUUCAAAAGAGCCAUUUGUUCACGAAUGAAUUCUGAGCGGGCGCGUGGACUGGAUUCAGUGGUGGAAAUUUUGCUGUGUAUGUUAUUUACUUGGUCAUUCUGCGGCCUGUUAGACGUUUAAGGUGAACCAUGAGUGUCAGAAACAGAUCCUGCUCGUCCUCCAUUCUCCAAGCAUGCAUUUCAUCAUCCUUUACCAGACAGCCUUCGCGUGUGCUGAUAGUCGAUGCUUCUCCACCCUGGUGGUCAGAAACAUGUACUCUUCUGUGUCAGGCCCUAGAGAAUUUCUUUUUUUUGGCCAGCAGUCUGGCAGGACCUGCUCGUCUGCCACUGCUAAGCGUCUUUGCCAUCAGCGUACAGCUGGAGUGUCUCUUACCCUUUGUGCAAGUUAAGGGCAAUUUGACACGUCUGCUGUCCUGUAUAGAGGAGCUGCGAUCUUUGCCUCGAGAGGGCUGCGUUAGGCAACGAGGCGCACUUCUUAAACAGGCAGUGCUGGACAGCCUGCAGCAAUUUAAACAAUACAUGUGUCAUACAGCUCAUGGGGACUUCAAAAGCAAUUGUAUGGAGGUGACGGUGUUAACCUGUCAGCCAGCACAGACGGUCCUCCAACAGCUGGAACAGGGCCUGAAAAACUCUGAUCUGAUUAGUCUGCGCAGGCUUCUGGUGGUUCAGAUCACAUUACAGCAGAGUCUCUCAGACGGAUCUCCAGCCUGUAGCAUUGAGACACCAUCUUCAGAACAUGACCAAGAAGAGAGCCUGAUGCUAGGUACAGAGAUGGAUCUGCAGCUGGGAGGCACAGUUGUGGCCUUGGAGAACUUUCUGAAAAUGUGGCUACAUGACCAGGGCGGAGACAGAGAGCAUUUGCACUUGUUGUUACCCCCUUCUCUCACAUCACAGGGUUCGUCUCCCUCUGCAGUCUGUUUGAAGUGUGACAUGCAGGAGAGACUUCUCAGCCCAGCCCUACUUCCCAGCACUCAUGACCUUGGAGUGAAGACUGAGAGCAUGCAAGAUUUCCAGCCUCCAAACAAGAGUCUGGCCAAUCAGAAACUCUCACCGCAGCGUCUGAGAGUUGUCAAAGUUCUUCAUGCUGGAGGUGUGUGUCAGUCUGUGCUGUAUGGACUACCGCUAAUCAUCAGACCAACCUCAUGCUGGCAGCUGGACUGGGAUGAAAUGGAGACAAACCAGCAGGCAUUUCAUGCUCUCUGCCACAUUCUAAAAAUCCGUGACUGGUUCCUUUUUGGUGCGUUUAGAGUCGGGGCAGGUUCAGGUUCUGCAGUGUUCUCUUACUAUAUGCUUCAGUCCUCUGGUUCAGUCUCUCUGCUUCUGAAGCCUGUGCUGACACGAGAACUUAUGCUACCCUGCUGCCUGCCUGUCUCAGUGGAGGACCCACCACUUCCUGCACUCGCCUCUGUGGAGGCUCGGCAAUCUCAGAGUCGCGUGCGAGUCACAGUGGCCCCACUGCCUUCCAUCCCUUUAAACAAGAUGCCUCGCCGUUUACUAACCUUCAGCCAAUCACGACCCUGUGCUUCUGCCCUCUUUUCCCAAGACAACUAUGAGGAGGAUGACCCUGUGCUGAUCCAGUAAGGAGAAAGAGAGAAAGCAUAAAACUUUCACUACAAGAGGAAAUUGCACAUUUAAAUUCACACUUACACUGACUGACACCAACAGUUUCUAAACUCCCACAGACAGGAUGCUACGUACUUGCACAUGACCAUAUACACAUUUAGAUGUAUAGCUAUUUUAAACUCAUUUAUUUGCUUUAGUGUUUGGAGAACACUGUAUUGUGCAAAGGAGAGCAGUACUAAUUUAGAUUCUCUCAUCUAAUUCAAAGCCAGUUUUAAACACCCAAUAAACACCUUAAGCUAGCUAUACAGACCAUUCCUUAUUUCCAACAAGACUAGGACUGGUUAGGUUAAGUUAAUUGUUCGGUUUUAAGAGUAGUUUGGUAGUGCAACAUCACAGCCCCAUUUAUCUUCUUACAUCUGAAAAACAUUACAGCACAGAUUAAAUAACCUCAUUUUUUUCUCCAAAUUAAAACUUCAGCAACUUUGAGACUGACACUGCAAAAUCAGCCCUCAUAUUUCAGACACUCGGUACGCAAAAAAAACAAGCUGUUUUGUUACCCUGAUGUUUGCAAUUAAACCAGUCCUCAUAGUAACUAGCAUGAUUUCACUCUUGGAGACGCAAUUAAACUAACUGUUGUUCCAUACGGUUUAACAAAGCCUGCACCGCAACUGGGAAAAAAAAUAUAAUUGUGAACUGCUGAGGCUGCUAAAAGAAAUCAAAUACAAAACCACAGAAUAGUAAAAGGACAAGAAAAAAGGCUGUUUAAAGAGAGAGAACGGUCUUCUCGGUUUAAAAGCUGUGUUUAGAAGGCUCUGUAGAGUUUAGGAGGAAGAAGGCCAGAGUAGUGGA